AUGACAAAGAAGACGACAAUAGAAAAGUUUCCCGAAAAGCCAGCAAACUUGAGAAACACUCGCAAUUAUAUUGGCCUAUUCCUCCUCACUGCGUUAACGUUCUACAUCAUUGGUGCAUUAGUUCAACAAAGAACUCAAAACUACAAGAAUGCCAAAAAACCGUUUUUGGAUUGGAGGGAUGAAGGAGUCGUUGGACCUGUGAAAGAUCAGGGGAAUUGCAAUGCAUCCUAUGCUUUUGCUGCAAUUUCAGCCAUUGAGUCCAUGUACGCCAUCGCCAACGGACAACUUUUGUCGUUUUCGGAGCAGCAGAUUAUUGAUUGCUUGGGCGGUUGUGCAAUCGAAUCAGAUCCAAUGAUGGCGAUGACUUACUUGGAACGUAAAGGAAUAGAAACAUAUACGGACUACCCAUUUGUUGGCAAGAAAAAUGAAAAAUGUGAAUAUGACUCAAAAAAAGCGUAUCUUAUACUAGAUGACACUUAUGAUAUGAGCGAUGAAUCUUUGGCAUUGGUGUUUAUCGACGAAAGGGGACCUGGGCUAUUCACAAUGAAUACUCCACCAUCCUUCUUCAACUACAAAAGUGGAAUCUACAACCCCACUGAGGAAGAAUGUAAGAGUACUAAUGAAAAGCGAGCGUUGACAAUUGUUGGGUACGGCAACGAUAAAGGGCAAAAUUAUUGGAUUGUGAAGGGCUCAUUUGGAACUUAA